ACAUAUACCUUAUCGAGUACAUUAGCUACUUCUGUGCUCUGAACCUCCGAUAAGACACAGACAGCUACGUGCAACGCGCAGCUAGCUUAGUCAUGGCUUCUCACGGCAAGGACACGCAACAAGUCGUCGCCGGCGCCGACGGCAGAGGCGGGGGCUACGUGCUGCUCCUGCCGUACCCAAGCCAAGGCCACGUCCACCCGAUGCUGCAGUUCGCCAAGCGCCUCGCGCACCACGGCAUGCGCCCCACGCUCGCCGUCUCCCGCUACAUCCUCGCCACAUGCAAGCCCGACGCCGCCGCGGUCGGCGCGGUCCGCCUGGCCGCCGUAUCCGACGGCUGCGACGCGGGCGGGUUCGGCGAGUGCAACGACGUCACGGCCUACCUGGGGCUCCUGGAGGCCGCGGGUUCGGAAACGCUGGGGGAGCUCCUAGACGCCGAGGCCGCGGAGGGGCGCCCCGUCCGGGCGGUGGUCUACGACGCGUUCCUGCCGUGGGCGCGCGGCGUGGCGCAGCGGCACGGCGCCGCCGCCGUGGCCUUCUUCACCCAGCCGUGCGCCGUCAACGUGGUGUACGGCCACGUGUGGUGCGAGCGGGUCGGCGUGCCCGUGGAGGCUGGAUCCACCGUCGUCGGCCUGCCUGGGCUGCCGGCGCUCGAGCCGGAGGGCUUGCCGUGGUUCCUCAAGGUCGGGCCCGGCCCCUACCCGGGCUACUUCGAGAUGGUGAUGAGCCAGUUCAAGGGGCUGGAGCUGGCCGACGACGUGCUCGUCAACUCUUUCUACGAGCUCGAGCCCGAGGAGGCGGCGUACAUGGCGUCGGCGUGGCGCGCCAAGACGAUCGGGCCGACGGUGCCGGCGUCCUACGUGCACGACGACCGCAUGCCCUCGGACACCAAGUACGGCUUCCACCUCUUCGAGCUCACGGCCGCGCCCUGCGUGUCCUGGCUGUCAACGCACCCGGCGCGCUCCGUGGUGUUCGCCUCCUUCGGCAGCCUGUCGAACCUGGACCCGGCGGAGAUGCGCGAGGUGGCGCACGGCCUCCUGGACGCCGGCCGCCCGUUCCUCUGGGCCGUGCGCGAGUCGGAGAGCCACAAGCUGCCCGCCGGCUACGGCGACGCCGUGGCGGCGCGCGGCGGGAUGGUGGUGUCGUGGUGCCCGCAGCUGGAGGUGCUGGCGCACCAGGCGGUGGGGUGCUUCCUGACGCACUGCGGGUGGAACUCGACGUCGGAGGCGCUGGUGGCCGGCGUGCCGAUGGUGGCGCUGCCGCAGUGGACGGACCAGCCGAUGAACGCCAAGUACGUGGAGGCCGUGUGGCGGGCGGGCGUGCGCGUGCGCCCCGCGGCCCAGGACGGGCUCGCGCGGAGGGGGGAGGUGGCGGGCGGGAUCGAGGCGGUGAUGGCCGGCGAGCGGAGCGGCGAGUACAGGAGGAACGCCGCCGCGUGGGCGGAGAAGGCACGGGCGGCCAGCCGGGAGGGCGGCAGCUCCGACCGGAACAUUGCCGCGUUCGUCGCCAAGUAUGGCUCCAGCUCCAAGUGAUGGACAUGGAAUGGAAUGAAGUGUGUGAGCUAUUCCUUCCAUUUCAAAAUAUAGUGCGCCCGCGCUUUCCAAAAUUCAAUUUUAACCAUAAAUUUAACCAACGAGACCAACUGCGACGGGAGAAAAAAAUUAUAUAGUUGAAAACUUCUUUUGAAUACGAAUUCACUGAUAUAAUUUUUACUCCCGCCGCAAUCGGUCUUGCUGGUUAAAUUUACGGUUAAAGUUGAAGCACGAGGAUAAAAGAAGCAUUACAUUAUAGAAUGGAGGGAGUAUUGUACAGAGCUUUCCGCAUUUGCGCGUUGCGUGGGCAGACUCAUUUGAUGAUGGUGAAAUAAAUGGUUGAUAUGUUUGCGCC